AUGGAAGAAAAGUAUGGAAUUCCUGGUUCGAGUUCUUCAACCUCUGCAGGACAUAAUCACUGCGAUUAUGAUAACAAUAAUCCUUUAACUAGUUCGACUUUUACCAUUAAAAAAAAAACAAAAAUUGAAGAUCAUAAGGCCAUUAUUGAUCGUGCUAAGGAGUUAAUGAAAGACUUAGGAGAUCCAUCAAAUUUAAUUA